CCCGCGGGGCGUGCUCCGGGCUCCCAACUACAAACCGCGGCUCCAUUUCUGGGAGCACCUUCACCUCGAGCUGAAGUUGGUGGUUUUCGGGUCCGCAGCUGCUCUGCACAGCCUGGGAGGGGACGGGAGGUCACUCUGCCCCACCAGCAGCGCCGCUGCCCGCCGGGAGAGCGGUGCUCCCCCACCACCGGGCGGGAUGCUCCCCGCCGGGGGAAAGCGAUGCUGAUCGGCGGGCGGGGAGCGAUGCCGUCCCACGGGAGGAAGGAGGCGGCGAGCAGAUAAAAAGAUGAAAGCCUCGGUCAUGCUUUGCAGCAAAUUUCAUGCAACACCCAAAGGGAACUGAAGCAGAAACCAAAGCCAAGGCAAAGCAGCAUCUGGCCUUGUCACUGGGGGGCAGAAAACAGCCGCUGGUUCCACUGUGCUUUAAUCAAGCUCCCUGGGCAAUGUGGAAUUGCAGAGAGCUCACAAAGUGCAAGUUCCUUCCAGGUCCGUGGGGUGAAUAAAAAUUGUUAAUUCUUGGCUUGAUUUGUCAUCCUUUGGGGGAAAAAAAAGGUAUGUUGGACUGGCUAUUAUACAGUUAGACCAAGCACAACUGGAAGUGAGUUGCUCCAGAGAUGAGAGAGACUGAGGCCAGCAAAGCCAAGGAGAAGCCUGUUCAACUGCACGUCUACCUGGGGUUCCUUGGAGGGGUGAUAAAGUGAGUAAUAAGGCAAAGUGGGAGUUAUAAAGUGGAUGCGACAGCUCCAGCAGAACUUCUUCUCACUGCCACAUACGCUCAUUACAAAGCAACUAAUGUUAUUUGGAAAUCUAUUUGAGGAAAAAAAUGCACUUUGAGCAUCUCUGCAGUCCUUGUGUCUGAAGCAUUGAUCAGGAAAAUCAGCAGCACAACACCAACAAAGAAGAAAAGAAUAUGGUGAAGGCAGCUAAGGAAAUUGAAAUGGAGAACCCAAGAGAGGCAGAGACUCCCAGCACAGGGGCCACAUGUUCCCCACCAGAGGAACAAGCCAAAAAACCCUCCAUGCUCUGCUUUAAGAAGCGGAAGAAGUCUGGUAAGAAGGGGCUGGCUGUGAAGGAUGCGUGCGAAGGAGCCUCAGAGGAGAAAAGCCAGUGUGUUAGCACUGACCAAGAGGAGGUGAAAGCUUCCAAUCCAUCACGAUCCUCCAAAGGAACCUGGGCAGCCAUCAAAAGCCUUGCCAGACCUCAGAGAAGGCAGAAGUCCUCCUCACGGAAGAAGGUGCCCUCUGAUUCCCAAGUGCAGCUGCAGGUGGAUGCUGAGGAGAGCUGUGCCCAAGACCUCCCAAAGAAACGGGCGAGCUCUGGGGUAAAGAUGCCCUGUGUGAGGUUCUCCAGAGGUAGGAAAAAACCCAGCCCCUCAGAAGCAGUGGAGGAGUCAGAGGACAGUGUUCAAGCAAAUGAAGUGAUGGGUAUUGUGAAUAAGGCCAGUGAAGAGCCGGAGGAUUUGGCCCCGACAGACAAAUCUGAAUCCUUCAGCCCAGUCUCUGCACAGGAGGAGCAGGAUACAGUGAAGCAGGAGCAGCAUAAAGAGGACCAGGAUACAACAAAGAAGGACCAAGAUACAAUGAAAGAGGACCAGGAUUCAGUGAAAGAGGACAACCAUACAGCCAAGGAAAGUGACACCUCUGUUGGGAAGAGUGAGCCCUUGACACAGGCCACACGUGAGGCAGAAGAACACUCGGAGUGCACUGUUCAGCUGGAGAUAACCAUGUCAGAGACAGCUGAUGAAACAGCCCGGGACAAACUGCAGGAAGGGAGUCUGCCCCAAAGCACCAGCGAUGUGGAGGGCAGGGAAGUUGCUCCCAAAGCGCCUGUUUCUAAAGAUCAACCUGAUAGUGCCCCUGAAAUCACAGAGUGGCAGGAAAUCCCUAAUACCUGCAAAGAGGUGCCUGAAAGGGAUGAAUUGGAAAAGAGCAUAGAUCUUUCUAAGGAGUGCAAAGCCGAGGAGACUGUAACUGGUUUCAGUGAGCUGGCAUCUGGAGGUGAUGCAGUGAGUGUGCAGGAUGCAGGUAGUGUGCAGGAUGCAGCGAGUGUGCAGGAUGCAGAGAGUGUAAAGGAUGCAAUGAGCAUGCAGGAUGCAGUGAGUGUACAGGAUGCAGAGAGUGUGAAGGAUGCAGGGAGUGUACAGGAUGCAGGGAGUGUGCAGGAUGCAGCAAGUGUGAAGGAUUCAGGGAGUGUACAGGAUGCAGGGAGUAUGCAGGAUGCAGCAAGUGUGCCGGAUGCAGUGAGUCUGCAGGAUGCAGGUAGUAUACAGGAUGCAGGGAGUGUGAAGGAUUCAGGGAGUGUACUGGAUGCAGAGAGUAUGAAGGAUUCAGGGAGUGUACAGGAUGCAGGGAGUGUGCAGGAUGCAGUGAGUGUAAAGGAUGCAGUGAGCAUGCAGGAUGCAGUGAGUCUGCAGGAUGCAGGUAGUGUACAGGAUGCAGGGAGUGUGAAGGAUGCAGUGAGUGUACAGGAUGCAGCAAGUGUGCAGGAUGCAGUGAGCAUGCAGGAUGCAGUAAGUGUGCAGGAUGCAGUGAGUGUGCAGGAUGCAGAGAGUGUGAAGGAUGCAGGGAGUGUGCAAGAUGCCACAAGUGUACCGGAUGCAGAGAGUGUACAGGAUGCAGCAAGUGUGCAGGAUGCCACAAGUGAACAGGAUGCAGGAAGAGUGAAGGAUGCAGGGAGUGUGCAGGAUGCAGAGAGUGUACAGGAUACAGCGAGUGUGCAGGAUGCCAUGAAGGAGCAGGAUGCAGCAAGCAUGAAGGAGGCAGCAAGUGUGCAGGAGGCAGCGAGUGUGCAGGAGGCAGCGAGUGUGCUGAAGGAUGCAGUGAGUGUGAAGGAUGCAGAGAGUGUGAAGGAUGCAGAGAGUGUACAGGAGGCAGCAAGUGCACAGGAGGCAGCAAGUGCACAGGAAGCAGCAAGUGUGCAGGAAGCAGCAAGUGUGCAGGAAGCAGUGAGUGUGGAAGAUACAGCAAGCAUGCAGAAUGCCACAAGUGUGCAGGAGGCAGUGAGUGUGCAGGAGAUAGUGAGUGCCCAGGAUGUAGCAGGUAUGAAGGAGGCAGUGAGUGUGCAGGAGGCAGCAAGUGUGGAGGAUGCAGCAAGCGUGCAAGAGGCAGCAGGUGUGCAGGAAUGCUCCAGCCAUCAGAUACUAGAAGCAAAUGCAGGCACUGGUGUCAGCAUCAUCAUCACCAUCACCGAAGCCGAGGACUCUGACAACACCGACUCUGACCAGGCCUAUGAGCCGUCCCCGGUUUUGCACCAAAAAAAGCAAAAAGGGAAUAAAAAAUCAAACAGGAACGCUGAUGUUGGUCAAAAAGAGGGCCCCGAGGCUGGUGGCGGUCCCCAGGCAGAGGAGAAAGGUCUGGGUGACCAGGGGCACAGAACUGGGGAGCAGUACGAGUUGCUCCUCAUAGAAACCGCCUCUUCCCUUGUGAAGGCGGCCAUUCAGUCAUCCAUAGAGCAGCUGGUCAACGAAAUGGCCCUGGAACAGAAUAAACACAACAGCUUUCUGUGAUGGCAGCCUUGCCCCAGAGAGAAAGGGCAGCAGGAGUGAUCUCAAGCUCCAUUUGGCCUGCGGGGUGUGUGGAGAACUCGGAGAGCUCCUGGGGCUGAGGUGUAGCUAAUUCUGCAUGCCCGUUCAGCUGUGUCUGUGUGAAACGGAUCCGGGAUGUGGGCAGACCCUGCUGAGUGCAGCGUGUCCCCUGGGGCUUCAGACAGCGCCACUGACCACAGCUGCAGAAAAAUUAAGGUGUUACAGUGACUGUAUUUUCAUUUAUUGGCACAUUUAUGUCAAGGCCACAUUCCUGCUGUCACCCAUGCCCUGUUUCCCCGCUGUUCCUGCUGUCGAUCUGUACAUACCAUGUGUUUGAAGAAAGGUCCUGAGAGGCGGUGAGUGCCCGACCUGCUGCUGGGCUGGGUUCGGGGCACGCUGAAACAGCUGGAGGCUUGCUGGGGCUUCAUUGCAGAUGAGGAAGAGCGAAGUGUCUGCAAUAUUGACAAGAAAACAUCAAUGCCAGGCUGUGUUUUGAACCGAUCCUCGCUACGCACAGGCACCGAGAACCGCGGUCACUGCCGUGACACGAAGCAUCACUCUCUCCAUCACUCGGCCUGUCCCCCUGUCGCAAGCAGCCUGUGCAUCUCCAGACACGCCAAACCUCAGCAUCAGCCUCGCCUUGCCGACCCCGGGCUGCGGGAAUGCCGAGAAAGCCACAGCGCCUGGUUUGCCGGGGGCGCCUUUCCCGCACCAUUGAAUUUCGCACAGCGGGCGAAAUUCCCUGCGGCAGCUCGGGCGGGAGCAGCCCUGCCGCAGGCAGCCCCCUCCUCCCUCGCCUUCCUCCGUCCCCAUCCCGCUCUCCUGCUGAAAGCUCUCCUCGGAUGUAGCAUAUUUUUUUUCUACGUGGCAUGCGAUAUAAAUAGCAGUGAGCUGCAUGCGUGUUAGCAGUCAGCAUAGUUUGGGAAGCUGCAAUGUGCUGCCGGCGCUGGGAUGGCUUUGGUUUGGUCUGAGCGCCGCUGGCUCCCCGAGAAGCCCUCCUGCCUUCAUCCAGCCCAGGCAUCCUUUGGGAAUCGUGCAUUAUUCCCGGCUCGCUGCCACCUGGCAUGUAGCUGCCUCUGAAACAUGCACUGAAAUGCUGGAGCAAUCUUCCUGAAGUCCUCAGGGAAAAAAAAUUCCUGCCGUGAAGGCCUGAGGACAUGGCUGGAAAAUGCCUGGACAAGCCUACUGCUGUCAGACCCCGAGACUGCCCUGCCCCGAGGGGUUUGCACCUCUCGGUGAGUGUGCGAGCAUCACCUCCAGCUACCAGCUGCCCAGGAGAAAGGGGCCUUUUAAUAAUAUGGGAUUGCAUCUGCGUGGCUGGCAUUUGUGUCCAGCUGUGGGCAAAGCAGUGUGUUUUCCUCUGAGAGAAUUCUCCUGCGUGUUCUCAGCCGGCACAGAAAUAGCAGCCGCGCUUGGAAAUUGCUCACUGACCAUGCGCUGAGAUCUCCCUUCCCAGCACAGACUUUGGAUUCCUGCUAAAAUACAAGGGCUGUCCCUCGUAUCUGGUGCACAAACAUGUUUUAAACCUCGAUAAAGCAUCUCCUUAAUGUCAUGAGGGGACUGCGAGCAGCAAGAGCCACAGCUCAUCUCUGUGCAAGUAAAACUUAAAAAAACCCAGAGGGUGGUAAAGAAAAAAAAGUGUAUUUUUUUUUUCCCGUGAAUUUGUUUAUUAAGUUAUCAGCUAUUGAUAAUUCAGUGUGUACAAUUUUAAUGGCUUUGUACUUCAUACUGGUCCUUCCAGGUAUUUUGCCAUAAUUUUGAAAAAGGGACUUUUAAAGGACUUUUAGAUGUACCUUUGGAGCUGUCGCAGCACCCUGGGAAGAGCCAUCCUGAUGCUUGGAGAGGCUUAUGGGAUUACACCGGGCACUGUGGCAGGCUGGUGCUGAGCAAAGGGCUGCAGCAUUGCUGUGGGAUCCCACUGGAGUCAGCUGCAGUGGAGGAUGUCCAAGCUUUAGUAAAUAAACACAAAAUUACCCCACAGGGCCAGGCUGUCAUGCUCUGUCAGACUGCUAAGCUGUUUUGGGAGGAUUUGGUGUUAUUUCAGUAUUGCCUUUUAGGCAAAACACGUCUUCAAAAAAGGAGGAGAAUGGCAGAAAUGCCUAGUCCAGCCCUGCCCUGUGACUUGCUCCGUGUCAGGGGUUGGGUUUGCAUCCUCUCUUGUAUCUGGUUUUCCCUCUGUUAUAGCUGUACAUAGAACUGAUGAUUAUUUCAUUAAAGCUGAAUGUACCUGUUGUUUUCCUGCCUUGUGAUUGAGUGGGCAGCUAUGGAGCGAUUUUAUAUGUGAAAGGAUUAACUCACAGUGGUGCUCUGUUGUGUCCAGCUUUUUCAGGCAGUCAUACAGUGAGCAGAGAGAAAUCUUAAUGUUGGUGGCAGAUCCAAAUUCUUUGGAGGUUUGCUCCUCCUCUGCCCUUUCUAUGACAUUUCCUUUCGGUUGCAGGUCAAUCAUUUCUACUACAGAGUCCUGGCUGCCCAGGGACUGCUGUAAGGAAUUUGUGAAGGGUCACAAAUCUCCGGUGGCUAAGAAAAGCCAUCCUGCUGCCCCAAGGUUAAAUUCCCUAUUAGAUACCCUGUGGCACCAGAGGGAAAUGUUUGAGGCUCUGCAGACUGACAAGGGUGGUGCUGACAGCAUUCAGGUUGGGGCUGGCAUUUUGGGAGGGGGAGCAGCAGAUUUGGUGCUUUGGCACUUUCUGGGGCAGAUCAAAUUGGUCCCACACCCUAACUGGUGUUUUUUAAUAAUAUCCUUCAUGUGAUUUCUUGACACAGUUUAAAACAUACACAAAAUAUAGGGGAAGGGAGUUAUAAAUUUUUAAUAAUAUUAAUCCUAUCUAUUCUUUCAGGUUUACAGAACAAAAUAUAGGCUCACAACAGCUGCUAAUGACUUAAUUAAGACUCUCUACUCCUUCCUUAUGAUUAGAGAGUAGAACAUUAAUAAAACAUUUAUUCUUUCAUAGAAGGAAUGAUAAAUUUACUAUUGUGAAAAAGUGCUGGGCCAGGGAUCCUGUGAGGAUGUGGCUGCAUGGCUGUGACAGAGCACCAAAGGUGGCCUGACUUAAGGACCAUCAUCCUCACCAACAGCUAAAAUAAUCUGGAAUUAUCAUAGAAUCACAGGAUCAUUCAGGUUGGAAAAGACCUCUAAGAUCACCAAACACUGCCAAGGUCACCACUAAACCCUGUCCCCAAGUGCCACAUCUAUCUAUUUUUUAAAUCCCUCCAGGUUUGGUGACUCCACCACUGCCCUGGGCAGCCUGUUCUAGUGCUGGACACUCCUCUCAGGGAAGAUUUUUUUCCUGAUAUCCAGUCAUUUUUAUGGCCCUAUUCAGCCUGCUUCUGAGCUAUCUGGCUCCUUACCCAGAAAUUCAUUGCUUGCUGCCCUCUGAAUUAUGGAAGUGAUUCUUCUGCUCACCCCACAACCUGUGCUGCUGCUUUUUUCCCAGAUGUUUCCAGCACUCUCCUCAGUGGGGACAAUUCAGCUCUCUAUCAAACAAGUUCCGUAUCCCUGCUUUGCUGUGUCAUUUUGAGUAUUUUCAUCUCCCACAGCUUUUUUAUAUUAGCAGCAAAGAAAAGGGUGUUUAAAUAGUAUAACUCAUACCCAGAAAGGCUUCCAGGGGGAUAAAAAGCUUUUCUGUUGAGCCCAGCAGAAAACAAGUGUAUCCAUUGAAAAGUUCCUUGUGGAAGCUGCCAGUAGACAAUGAUGACACAAACAAAUAUUGCAUUUUCUUUCCUGCCCUGGGACACCAGAAAUGGAUUAGAAAUGCACAGGGGCAGCUCUCCAGCUGCUGAAGGUCAUGGCAGCUCCAUAGGCUACAAAGGACUGACUCUACAGCAGCCAGGAGUCUGGUGUUUGAAUCCAAGGUGCAAUCCCUGCACAAAUCAUGGACAUUCUCAUAUGCACCAUAUAUAAAAGUGAUGAUGCAGUUGUGGGGGGUUUUGUUGUUGUUUUUGUUGGGUUUGGGUUGUUUGGUUUUGUUGUUUUUUUGUUUGUUUUUUUUUCACAAAUGUGUGUAAGAAAUUGAGUAAAUUCACAAAAUACACAGGAAUCCUGGUUUGCACUUGGGAUGGAUGGAUGGAUGCAUGCAUGGAUGGAUGCAUGGAUGGAUGGAUGGAAGCCAGACCCAUUUACAGGCAGUGAAGCCCUAAUGUUUCCUGUGUUAUAGAUAGAAGCUUUCAACAUGAGUAACUCAAAAUGAACUGCUCCAAGGAAACAGAUUGAUUUAAAUAAUUGCUUUAAUAUGAUUUUUAUCUCUGCAGUUUUAUUUCCCAGAGAAAUGGUUCUUGUCAGCUCUUGUUGGGUAGUACUAAAGUAAUUAAAUACGCUUCAUUUGCAAAUGGACAAAAUCUUAACAUUAAAUGUGACUUUAAAGAAAACCUAA